AUGAACACAAGGAGUCGGAUGAGAAGCAAUCUGAUAGAAAUAUCCGGCUUUGCUUGCUACACCUCAAAAAUAGAACCAAAAAAUGUGAAGGAAGCCUUACAGGAUGACUUAUGGGUUAAGGCAAUGCAAGAAGAGCUACAUAAGUUUGAACGAAAUCAUGUAUGGGAUCUGGUACCAAGACCUGACCGGGUUAACAUAAUUGGAACAAAGUGGAUCUUCAAAAAUAAAACCGAUGAAGCCGGUAACAUUGCAAGAAACAAGGCUCGUUUAGUUGCUCAAGGAUAUACCCAAAUAGAGGGAAUUGACUAUGAUGAAACGUUUGCUCCUGUUGCAAGACUGGAGUCAAUCAGAAUCUUAUUGGCAGUAGCGUGUAUUCUAGGAUUCACACUGUUUUAG